CUGGAGUGCGCAGAGGUGCCUGAUUGGUCGGGAGGUGUGAUGCGGCAUUAGGAGUGCGCAAGUGUGCGUUUGCAAUAACUCGGGACGACGCAGCAUCUGGAGUGCGCGGGGAAUAAUGUCCACCAGCUGGAAAGGUAAACGACAUUUCUUGUUAAGUCUUCUUGUGAAAGAAGGGCUGAGUUAUGUCUCCUUUCCUCACAAUGGGGUCGAGCCUUUAUAUCCCGGGCGUUCUAUAUGGCUAGACACUGUGGAUCCACGGAUCGUGCAUUGUCCAUCUAUUUUGCUCGACAUUUGCAGUGCACAACUGAUUGUGUUUCGGUGGACAUGGCACAUGACUCAGAAGAGUCCCCUAGAAGUCCCGCUGUGGUUCCGCUGUUUGAAAAUUCAAUUGUGGGUCAGCACGCUGGACAAAGGCCUCGAAGAAAAUCUGUCUUCCUUCUAUUGAUCCACUAACUAGAAGAGAUACUAGUGAGUCAGUGACUGCACCACUGAACUUAUUUUGUGGCUGUGUGAUAUCAACCAC